AUGCUGUCUUGUCUUCCUAGUAUUGUCGUCGAUGAUGUCGCUCCCCCGGCUUCGAAACGGCGGCGCCUAAAUACCCCUCAUGCAGAACGCAUCGCAAUCGAGGACCUUUGCAAUGGAUCAGAGUAUACACACUCAGCGGACACAACACCAGUACCAUCCCCUAUUUGCAUUGCUGCAGAGGAGAUAUACGAAGGUACAUUAGUGUGCUGCGGCAUGAUAUCUGAUUUGACAGUAAACGUUUCCCUGCACCACCUUACCUCCGAUGUCUCUCCCCAACACUCGAUCUACUUUCAACCUCCUCGCACGCUUAGUUGUGCCGUUGCUGAUGCGCCCGUCGGACUACUCGACGACUUUGCGGGCGAGCUGCUACUGAGGCUUGUUGACGACGACGACCUCAUCCUACAAUUUCUACUCUCGUCGACUCCAAUCGCUUCCGCAACCGAGAGGAAGUCAGCCAACAAAAAUUCUUCAAAAUAUCUUGGAGUCAUCUUGUAUGGGCCAAGAUGCCGCCUCGGUGACGUUGGCGAUUUCAUGACCCAGGCUGGCUGCUAUUUGGAUGAUCCUGUAGGUUGUGAUCGCAACGUCCCGUACAUGAAUCCUCAGUGUCUAUUCAGCCUUCACGAACAACCACCAAUGACGUUCGACCUACUACAACCUCGGCAACUAUAUAUCGACAACUAUUCAAGAGCUUCUCUCGAUGUUCUAUCCGGUUUCGAGACUACGGAUGAUCUGGAGUUGUCGGCUACCCCGACAGCUCUACGCACAGAAUUGAAACUACGUGAACAAGGUAUGCAUCCGAACAAGGAUGGUUUCGGUGUAUGGCUACGAAAAUGGAGUGAAGGAAAGCCUAGUUUCGUAAACGCCAUGACAGCUGAGGCAAAGUCUACUCCAGGCCCUAUAUGGCGUGGUGGAUUGCUUGCUGAUGAGAUGGGUCUUGGGAAGACGCUAAGCAUGAUCGCUCUCAUUGCUUCGGACCAAGAUAGCACUUCGAAUGACAAGUCAUUCACGGGCCCCCCUAUACAUGGCGCUCCUAUAAGUUCAACUCUGAUUGUAGUGCCGCUGAGCUUGUUCAGUGUCUGGGAAUCACAAUUGAAAAGUCAUUUGCAUGACGGGAAAUUGACAUGGUUCAUGCAUCACGGGAGACAGAGAUUCAAGUUGAAGAGCAAGGAAGUAUUACCCGACAUAGUUUUUACCACUUAUCAGACAAUUGAGAGAGAGUAUCGUAAUCGUGCUCAAGGUAGCAGCUCUUUGCUCUCCCACUAUUGGAGACGUGUUAUCCUCGAUGAGGCGCACACUAUACGCAACCACAAUACCUCGACUGCACAAGCAAUAACCGCACUACAGGCAACUUCUAGAUGGGCAGUCUCGGGAACGCCGAUCCAGAAUAGCCUUCUCGACUUUUAUGGGCUGUUCAAAUUCCUUCACUUCUCUCCAUAUGAUGACCCAAGUGUUUUCGACGACGAUGUCACGAACUUGUGGCGCGUCAAGCCCGCCGAGGAAGCCGCUGAAGCUUUUAAGAAAUUGCUCUCGUGCGUCAUGAUACGCCGAACAAAAGCUAUCUUGGACCUGCCCAGCAGAGAUGAUAAAUUGAUCCGUGUGCCGUUUAGUCAUGAGGAAGAGAAACAUUAUCGCCAAAUCGAGCAGCCUGUUGUUGACAUGCUGGAUCGUGCGACAGAAAGUGGCUGCCAAACUAACGUACCCUGGAUGACCGCUAUACAACAGAUCAACAAACUUCGUCUUAUUUGCAACCUGGGGACUUCCACCCUGUCACAAUCUUGUCACUUGCCACAACCGGGCAGUAUCGACGAGAGAACGGAUUUGAUGAAUGCGCGCUACUUAAUGGGCGGAGAACUAUGUGCACAAUGCUUACAGCCAGUCGAAGCAUCAGUAUCUGGUGAUGGACUGCGGGAUGGUACACAACCACAUGUUUAUCUUUCAGCUUGCAGCAUAUUUUACUGCGCUGAAUGCUCUGCACUACUCCGAUAUCAAUCACCCGAUCCAUGCGAGUGUACAGAGCAGCCGCGCCCCUGCCAAAUUCGUCCCUUGGCAUCUUUCUUGCCCACCCCUAGACUUACACCCGUUGGCGAUCUCUCUCCCUUACCAAUGGAGUGGGACCACACCAACGACAUUUCAAGUAAAGUAUGGACACUGGUGUCGCAGAUUAGGUCUUGUCCAAAUGAAAAACAUGUUGUGUUCUCGUCAUGGACGUCAAGUCUUGAUAUGGUGGAGAAGGCGCUUCGGUGUGACCCGAACCACAUCAUUCAAUCAGUCCGAAUCGACGGCAAAGUGCAGCUGAAGAAUCGUAGCCAUGCUAUACAGCAGCUCCAUCACAACCCUAGCAUACGCGUCAUACUGAUCACGAUUGCUUGUGGUGCAUGUAGUUUGGACCUAACAGCAGCUUCGAGGGCACAUCUUCUCGAGCCACAAUGGAACCCAUCUCUCGAGGAUCAAGCACUUGCUCGAAUCCAUCGAUUAGGGCAGACCCGUCCCGUGACAACCAUACGCUAUGUCAUGGAAGACUCGUUUGAAGAGCAAAUUCUCAAAGUCCAAGAUCGCAAGAAGCUGCUUGCCACCACUCUAUUAUCAAAUGGCUCUUCCCUCGAGAAUCUGCGCCGACUACUCCACGAAAGAAAGGAAGGCCAAUAG